UGAGGGCCGCCCCGGGGCGGGCGCGGGGGUGUCCGAGCCGUUGGCUCCCCGCCCCGGCCCCACCUCCGGCGGGCAGCCCGCCUCCUGCCCGGCCCCCGCCGGCACCGGCACCGGCACGGAGGUGGCUGGGGGAGUGGAACCAAAAUAGGACCAGUCUGUGUUAGCAGAGCAGCUGCCAUCCCGCAUGGUUCUGUUGGUUGUGGGCUGGAAAACCCUGGAGCUGGAGACACGAGGGUAGUGUGGAUGGAGUUCACAGGAGAUGAACAGGAAAGACUGAACUAGAGGAUGCCUUUUGUAAGAGGAGCUUUGAAGAGCUAACUGUGAGGAUCAUAAACAAAUUGUAACUGUGGAGGGGGCACAAAGUGUUUCUUCAAAUUAAAAAUAAGGAGUCGAACGUGCUGUGUGCUGCAAGAGGAGAGGUCCAAGGAGAUCAGAAAGUUGACAGUCUCAGGGAUCACAUACCACCAGGAAGCUGAUCUGAACGUUCUUUCUCUUAAUUCUGCUCUAGAUCCUGGGCUGCAGUCAGAAGAGGUCUGGAGCAUCCCCAUACAAUAGUCCUGGAGGUGCACUGUAAGUAGAGGCCUACGAGUUUUGCUUUUAAUGUACAACAAUAUUCAGCAUGUUGUUAUUCUGUCACACGCUGGUUGGAGCUUUUCUUCCAUUCUUCGUCCUUUCAGGGAACUGGGUUUCAGCGAAGAACAUCAACUUCUACAACGUGAGACCUCCACUAGACCCCACUCCAUUUCCAAACAGUUUUAAGUGCUUUACCUGUGACAAUGCGGUGGACAACUACAACUGUAACAGAUGGGCUGAAGAUAGAUGGUGUCCUGAAAGUACUCAGUACUGUCUGACAGUUCAUCUCUUCACAGACCAUGGGAAGAGUACGUCAGUCACCAAAAAAUGUGCUACAGGAGAGGAGUGCCAUUUUGUAGGCUGCCAUCAUCACAGAGAAAGCGGUCACACAGAAUGUGUUUCUUGCUGUGAAGGCAUGAUUUGCAACGUAGAAAUACCAACCAAUCACACAAAUGCAGUGUUUGCUGUCUUGCACGCGCGGAGAACGUCGGAUGGCAGCAGGUGGACAGUCAACAUUGCAGUGCUUGUGUCAGUCGUGAUGAUUGCCUUGUCAUGAUGCAGCAUCCUCCUGUACGUGUGCUCGAGAGGGUUUGCCUUUUCGUGGGCUGGCAGAAAUGGGAAGAAGAUCCAGUAUGUGCCAGGAGAAACCACUGAGACUUCUCAACUACGUAAAAUGUAAGAGGACAGUGAGUGGGAAGACACGUGUACAUUGUGAAGCCCUGGAAUAUUUUAAUGAAGAUACUUCAAAUGGUCUGCAGUAUUUAAAAAAAAAAAAACAAAAAAACACAAACACAAAUACAAAAAAAAACAAACAACCAACAGCAAACCCACUGGUGACCAGGCAGUGGGGUGAAAUCAAGUUGUUAUAAUUCACUAUUUUAUGCUGAAAAUGCACAUGUGGCCGGCAUGUUUCUUGAACACAGAAAAGCGUCUGCAGACAAUCGCUUUCCUUGGUGAGACAAAAGGGAACUCUCAAUGGACUGUGUGCCAACCUGUAUCUUAAUGGGAACUGGUUUUAGACUUUUCACUGUGCAUAAAUAACAUGGACUGUCUUGUCUUGAUCCACAGGUGUGUGUAAGCUUAUCUUUAGUUACGGUUUUCAGAGAAAACAUACACAAGGGAUUUUUUUCUAUUUUGACCAGAGCUAUAAUUUCUAUGGGAAGAAAUGCGGAAUAAUACUUUAUAUCUCUUUUCUAUACAAUGGCUCACUCUUGAAUUAUAAAACAAUGUGAAAUUGUGUGGAGUUUCUGUCCCCAAAUUUUGAGCUAGUUGGGCACCUAAAACGGAAUUUCCAUCUUCCCUCAAUGGGAUUAUUUUCUUGCAGUAGAGUCCCACCUACCUCAAGUGCUCACAUCAACUUUUUAAUCCUUGUCUUUGUUCUAUUAAUGCGGCAAUAAUGCUAUGAAUUUCAAAUUGCAGCUAUGGUCAAGCAACAACUUUAUCAUAAAAAAUGGUUUAUACAGGACAGGACUCUGCUAUGUUCAGUCUCAGUUUCCUGAAGAUCCUGCCAGAAAUGUUGUUUUCCUUGCUGGAUCAACUGGUAAGAAGUCAGCACUGGAUACCCUCUGGACAUCCCUUUUAUCUAAGGAUUGGGCCAAGUUUGGGCCAAGAUUCUGUUUUUCAUUGCAAUAUUGAGGUGUUCAAUGUGGCUUACUUGCAUAGCUUGACUAUUUGAAUCUUGAUCAUUUAGAUGACUGUUCAUUUGUUGGAUAAAUGGCUGCAAAGAUGGCAAAUAAUGGAGUUACAGUUGGAUAUGCUAAACCCUUAAUGCUCUGCCUUAUGUUCUUAUGUUCUUUGCACUGCAAACUUGCUAUCGUACAGACCAGCAGGUACAGAUUUUAGGUGAUUUCUCUCAGUGUGGUUUUAUACAGUCCUAAAUUGUAACACGUUUUGGCUGCUCCUGUUGGCCUAAUUGUGUUUCUUCCAACUCCCCACCAUUAUCACAAACUUUCUCUGACAACCCUAAUAGGUGGCAGCACAACUAAGGAUUUGACCUAACAAGGUUGAUAAAUUGCAUUUCAGUUUUUGUUCUUUUUGUAAAUAAAAUUGUUAUUCGUUUCUGAGUAUACCAGUAUGAUUAUUCUGAUCUUUUCUAGUGGCUUUUUUUUAUCUUAAAUGAGAUGGUUAAAAUUACAAUAAACUCUUGAAGCAUUUUUCAGAGAGGAGAGAUCAUAAAAACUUAGUUUUACAAAGAGAUGCAAAAUUGAUCUCUGAAAAAUUCAAUUCAAGUAACCCUAGAAACUGGGAUUUUUAAGCACUAAUAUUGGCUUACAUAUUAGCUCUUUUAAGUCAUCAAAUGUAUCUAGGCUAGCCAUUAAAAAAAAAACAGUUUUUGUAAUGUUUUCUGUAUGUUAUAAAAUGGCAACUCUUUAGACUUUAUAAAUAAGUUUAAAAAUCAGUCUGUGAUUGUCGACAGGCAGUUGCAGAGUUACAGAGGUUGGGUGGAAGCACUUUCUCCUUGCCAGUGCAAAAUAAUUCUUGCUGUCUAACUCAAGGUCUUUCAGGCCGUGGGUUCUGAUGAUCAAUGUUGUGCCAUCCGACAUGCCAAGCAGCCAAGGAUGUUCUGUGGAAAUGUUUCUUUUGUUCAAAGAUCAGCCCUAGGUGACAUAUCUAUAGCAUUAAUCUUGCUGUCAGAUGUAGCUAUAAAUGUAAUUAAGAUUGUUCCUUAAUUUUCAUCAUCAAAUGUCAUCUUUUUGCCACAUGAUCUACUGGUUUCUUAGGGAAAAAUGAUUCCAGGUUUGCUCUGUGCUCAACAGGGAGUUCCUGCGUUGAACAGGAUGUUUUGGGCCAUGCUAUUUUUCCCAUUUUUGCCUCUAAGCGUGAGGUGUGUCCUCAAUUCCAUUCCUGGGAAUAAUUACGGCAAUCUUAACAAGGCCUUCAAGUGCCCUAGAGUCUUAUCUGAGUUUACAGUAAAUAAUUCACAAUAAUCUAAGCACCGACACUUGUUUACACUGCACAUGCCAUUUCAGAGCAUUUGGGAGUGCCAGGAAGACCCUGGAAGGCAGCCUAGAGGGUGGGCUCAGGCACAGAGGAAAUGGGUUUCAGGUUCUCUGCAACAGCCAGGAGACCUCUGGGGGCUGUGUGUAUCGGUCGGCAUUUUUCUUGGUUGAACUGGUAUUUUUUUCCUGUUUGCCAAUCUGAAAAGUUAAGAAACCUGCUUAUAAUUUAAAUACUUUUACUUAUUUGCUGAAGAAUUGCCUGGGAUAAAAAUAAAAUUAAGAAUUCCACUGAAGUGCCAAAAUAGAA